GCUACAUUUGCCAAUUAGUUAUGCAGGGGGUGAAACAGAAGUAUAAAUAGCGGAGGGUGGCCGGAAGUAAUCAGAAUUGCUCAUACAGACACAUCAAGUCGUUAGUGAGUCUUUGAUUUCUGUGUUCUUCGCAGGAGGAAAGUCAACUGUUCAGAAUGCGUGAAUGUAUCUCUAUCCAUGUUGGUCAAGCUGGGAGCCAGAUGGGCAAUGCCUGCUGGGAACUUUACUGUUUGGAGCACGGGAUUCAGCCUGAUGGACAGAUGCCCAGUGACAAGACUAUCGGAGGUGGUGAUGACUCCUUCAAUACCUUCUUCAGUGAGACUGGUGCUGGCAAACAUGUGCCCAGGGCAGUAUUUGUAGAUCUGGAGCCCACUGUUGUUGAUGAGGUACGCACUGGCACAUACCGUCAACUUUUCCACCCAGAACAACUCAUUACGGGUAAAGAAGAUGCUGCCAACAACUAUGCUCGUGGUCACUACACCAUCGGAAAAGAAAUUGUAGACCUGGUCUUGGACAGAAUUCGCAAACUAGCUGACCAGUGUACAGGACUUCAAGGAUUUCUGAUCUUCCACUCCUUCGGUGGUGGCACUGGCUCUGGAUUUACCUCCCUUUUGAUGGAACGUCUAUCUGUUGACUACGGAAAGAAAUCCAAGCUGGAAUUUUCUGUCUACCCAGCCCCACAGGUAGCCACUGCCGUUGUUGAGCCAUACAACUCCAUCUUGACCACUCACACAACCUUGGAGCACUCAGACUGUGCUUUCAUGGUGGACAAUGAGGCUAUCUAUGACAUCUGUCGCCGCAACCUGGAUAUCGAGAGACCCACCUACACCAACUUGAACAGACUGAUUGGCCAGAUUGUCUCCUCCAUCACUGCCUCUCUGAGAUUUGAUGGUGCCCUCAAUGUCGAUUUGACAGAAUUCCAGACUAACUUGGUACCUUACCCACGUAUCCACUUCCCUCUGGCUACCUACGCUCCAGUCAUCUCUGCUGAGAAGGCCUAUCAUGAGCAGCUUACUGUCGCAGAGGUCACCAAUGCCUGUUUUGAACCCGCCAACCAGAUGGUGAAAUGUGACCCACGUCACGGCAAGUACAUGGCUUGCUGCAUGUUGUACCGUGGUGAUGUUGUUCCAAAGGAUGUCAACGCUGCCAUCGCUACCAUCAAAACCAAGAGAACCAUCCAGUUUGUUGACUGGUGUCCAACUGGGUUCAAGGUUGGUAUCAACUACCAGCCACCAACAGUUGUGCCAGGCGGAGAUCUUGCCAAGGUGCAGCGUGCCGUGUGCAUGUUGAGCAACACCACUGCCAUCGCCGAGGCUUGGGCUCGUCUUGACCACAAGUUUGAUCUGAUGUAUGCGAAGAGAGCGUUUGUCCACUGGUAUGUUGGAGAGGGUAUGGAGGAGGGAGAAUUUUCCGAGGCUCGUGAAGAUCUUGCUGCCCUCGAGAAGGAUUAUGAGGAAGUAGGCGUGGAUUCUGUUGAUGCUGAAGGCGAGGAGGAAGGCGAGGAAUAUUAAAUACAUCAUACAGAAAGAACUUUGAUAACUUUACUCAAAUCUCCACAUUUCUUACUGCCGUUGUUACUCUCCUGUUUGCUCCAAUAAAAAAGGAAGACAAAAAACUGCUGAUUUUAAUCGACCAGUGUUAAGUCCUGUGCAAUAUUACUAAUUUAUUAUUAAAAAUCGAGGUACUUUCAGCCAAGAUAAGACAUUCCUACUUUGUGUUCAUCUCUAUUUUCACUUUUGAUAUACAUUUUGUUUUCUUGUUUACUAUUCAGUGGUACUGAAUUUCCAUUGUGGACCAAUAAAUUACUCUCUGAAGAAAUAUAGCAAAUUAGCAAUAAUUUUCUGAUA